AUCUCCCUUAUUUAUUAUAGGUCUCCAUCAACAAAAGAUGUAAGGCAGCUGGAAUAGUAGAAAUUGGUUGUCCAUGUCUGGAUUUUUAUUCAUUGGUGGUGCCAUUCACCAUCUAACAAAACAGCAAAGCUUGCUUCGAAAACAGCAUGGAAAUGAACUCAAAACAGUCUGGCUGAAUGAAGCAACUUCGGCAAUCAUCACAUUGAUCACAUUGUUUAACAUCGAAUAAGUGCUAUUAAAUCCCUUUGUUCUCUCAAAAGAAAACCCAAGGUCUCACAUGCCUAUGUAUAAUGCUAAUUAAAAACUGUUUUGUAGAAAUGAAACGCUUCUAAAGCUUGACUGGAAUUUUGUCGGGAAAGAUGUCUCGCGCUGAUGUUAAAAAACCUUCCCUCUGCACCACUGGCCCUUUAACUAAGGAGGUGAUUAGCCAGGCUGCCUCCACAUUUAGUAAGAUAAUGAAGUCCUGCUAUGGCCCCACAGGUAGGCUCAAACAAUUUCACAAUGGCACUGGAGGAUAUGUUCGUAUUUCAUCACAAUCUUCGGUUUUGCUGAGUAAUCUUUGUGUCACUCUUCCCGUCUUAAAGCUUCUGGUUGCCUCUAUGCAGAAUCACCUUGCGCUCUUCAGGGACAGUGGCUUAUUUACGGCAAUCUUUUGCUGCAGCUUGCUUGAAAAAUACGAAAGCCUGAAUAUGGCUCGGUACCCAUUCAUUAAAAUUAGUAAACAUAUUUUGAGCCUCUGCAUUGACUACCUUUCGUCUGAAACCUGUGGUUGCCGAAUCCCGGUGGAUUUCAGCAGUUCUAAGCUUCUCCUUAGCCUGGUGCGCAGCAUUAUAUUGAGCAAACGUGCUUGCAUGCUUAGCAGGAAGGAAGUCGAUCACGUCAGUAUAUUGGUAUUAAAGGCCUUUCUGUUUACAAUCCCCCAAAAUGUGGAUUCUAGUGCCGUGCUAGGAAAAUGCCAUUACAUCCCUGUAAAAAAUAAGAGAGUUAUGGAUUCUGCUGUCUAUCCUGGACUUUUAAUUGAAAUGCCAGAAAUGCAUCUGACCCUGCCUUUCAAGAGAACUGCUUCAGGCCAGAUCAAAGUGGCUCUGUUUGGCAUGUCUAUGUCAGGACAUUUGUCUCAUGCCGGAGAAGGAGCCAUACUUAUCCAUCGUGGAAUUUCUCUAGAAGCUGAAAUGUUGGAUCAGUUACUCAGUCUAGGCAGGGAAGUAAUAACUGAUGGUGUCGGUCUUGUGAUAUGCCAGAAGGUCAUCCACCCAACCUUGAAGCAGUAUUUAAAGGAGAACAAUAUUGUUGCUGUCGAGAGAGUUGGAAUAAGAAUGAUGGAGCCCCUGAAGAAAAUGACAGGUUCUCAGCCAAUACCUUCUUUACAAUUCCUGUCUCCUGCUUGUUACGGCUAUCUGAAGGACUUACAUACACAAUGUUUUGAUUCAAAAUGGUUCCUGCAUCUAAUUCCUGAUCAGCCGGUUGUUUGCAGCUUGCUACUCUGCAAUAGGAAUGAAACAGCAUGGGAUGAACUAAAGCUUGCUUGUCAAACGGCAGAACAUGCUUUGCAGUUAACAGUCAAAGAUCCAUGGAUUUUGCUGGGCGGAGGCUGUACCGAAACUCAUGUGUCCUCCUACAUAAAGCACAAGAGUUGUAGUGUAACCGAGGGGACCUUGAAAGAUCUAGGUUGUUCUUCGGAGGAAUUCCACUUAGUAACUGAUUGUUUUUGCCACUCACUAGAGUCCAUUGCUCACUCUCUGGAGCAUGACAGUGGUGACAUUCUCACUGAUACCCAUUGGGGUCAUUCAUGGUCUGUUCCACCUAACAUUCCUAGCAACUCUGAUUGGUCAGAUUUUGUUCAAAAGUGUGGGUGCGGCCUUUGCAACAAACAGGAAGACCUCAACUGGAAGAUGUUAAACUGUCAUUCUGUUUCUUUCCUUCCCCAAAACUGUGUUAAUGAGACCUCUGUAACAUCUGCUGACCAUCUUGUCCUGGAUUGUUUUGCUGCAAAGCGGAACGGUUUGCAAGUCGCAGUCGAGACAGCCCAUCUCAUUUUAGAUAUCUCACAUAUAAUUGAAGAUCGUAAUUAGUUGUGUGUGCACAUUUAGCAACUGUGAUGCAUUUAUGCAAUUAUAGGCCUCUUUCCAACCACAUCUCUUGCAACUUCAGAAAUAUCUGUAACAAACAUUGGAAUUCUCAAGGUCAUGUUUUGCUAUUUCCUACCAAUCUAUUACUGGAAGAAAAAAGCAUUUCCUGCUGCAUUACAGACUCCAGAGAAGCAUUUGCACAUAUGCAAGUAUGGACCAGAAAUAUCGGUUGCAACUUGGCAUUUCUUGAUGUAACAUAGAUAAUUUGGUCUUAUUUUUGUUUCUUUGCGUGUUUGAAAUUUUAAAAAAGGCAUAUGCUACUGAAAACACUUAUGGAAAUAUGUAACAUCUUUGGCUAGGAUACCAUUACCACUGUUUGUCCAGAAUGUGAAAAGUAAAAGAUUGUGACUAAACAAAAAUUUAAUGUACAGAUGAUAACACCAGAUAUUAUAUUAGCCUCUGUAAUAAAUUAUGUUACUUAUUUUAGCUCACCAUGGAAAACAUCAUAUAUCAUUAGAUAUGUCAUAGAUUAAUAAUUUAAGGACUGAAGUACAACAUAAUUGGAUUCUAAAUAAACUAUUUUUCAA